AGGGUAUUUUAAAGCUCUUUCUCCCCUUCUCACACUCACCAGAUUUCAGAAGGAACAUUUUCCCCUGGAUAUGGAAUUCUUCAUUCUGCUAGUCCUCAGCAUUGGAUUUUGCCAAGCCAGUCCUCUCCAACACGAAGUAGAUCAUGAUGACCCAGAAGUUGUUGACGCUGUGGCUAGAGCAAUAAAAGUGCUUAAUGAAGACCAAAGAUAUAGAACCAAAUUUGCUCUUCAUGCCAUCCUUCAUGCCUACAGAAUAGCAGGCCCUGGAAAAAAAUUCCAUGUCUUCUAUCAAGUAAGAGAAGCCACAUGUCAUACUGCCAUGGAUGAACCCUUGCAAAGCUGUGAUCUUUUAGGGUUCUCGAAAGGACCCUCUGGAAAUUGUACAGCCGACAUUGAUAUUCAUGAAUCGGAGAAGCUUGCCGCCAUUUCACAGAAAUGCAAAAUUAACCCAGGCCAGGAGAAGUUACUGUCAAUGGAUAUUGAAUGCAUGGGUUGCUGGCAUCCCAUUCACCCCAAGAGUUUGGAAGUGCUUCCUAUCGUGAGAUACACCAUACGGCAAUUUAACAAUCACAGUAAACACCCUGCCUUAUUUCAUCUUGAACGAGUAAUAAAAAUUGACCGUCAG